AUGAUUUUCUUGUGGCUUGCACUGCUCCUUGUUCGUCAGGGAUGUACAUUGGUUCCAGUGAUCACAGUUCAACUCGGUGAACCUGUAACUUUGACGUGUGCUUUGGAAAAUGAAUGGUUUGGUAUUAAAAGUCUCCACUGGUACAAGCAGAGCGCAGGUGAUACUCUGAAAGUGAUUACAAUGCUGCGUAAAAAUACCGACCCUAAGUAUGGACCGGGGGUGUCGGCCUCAAGACUGAAGACAACAUAUUAUGAGAAAAUCACCAGUCUGACAAUUCUGAGGACAACUAAAGAAGACGAGGGAAUCUAUCACUGUGCAAUCCUUGACUGGACUGAGAAUACCUGGAGAGGGACCUAUUUGUCAAUAAAAGGAAACGAUGACAAAGCAAUGAACUACACAAUUGUGCAGCGGUCACAACCAGCAAAUACGGCCAGACUGGGAGAUUCUGCAACCCUGGAGUGUUCAGUUCUCUCUCACUCUAAGAAUAGGUCUUGUCUAGGAGGCCUCAGUGUGUUCUGGUUCAGAGCCAGAUCACAUAAAUCUCACCCUGAAGUCAUUUUCACGGAUGGAAUCAACCAAGACGACUGUACUUUGAAACAUGACAGGAAAUGUAUUUAUAGCUUCUUUCACAAUGUCAGCAGCUCAGAGUUUGGGACCUACUACUGCGCUAUAGCCACUUGUGGAGAAAUAUUAUUUGGAAAUGGGACUACUUUUGAAGCUGAGAAAUUAUCAGACUCAGCAUUUAUCAUUCUGGUUACAGUAGUAAUUUGCCUGAUUUCAGUUGUUUUACAUAUUACCAUCAUCUGUCACCAAACCCAUAAAAAAUCCAAAAGACAUAUUAAAGACACAUCAUCAAGACAUGAUGAUUUGGGCCAACAAGAAGAUAAUAAUGAUGAUGUUGAAAAUGAUGUGAACUAUGCAGCGUUGCAUUUCUCAGGAGGGAAAGGAAAGAAGAAACCAAUGGAUGAAAGUGUGUACUCACAAGUUAAAUAUUAAAUACAACUUCUUCUCUAUGUAGAGAUUCAGUUUGAUGUCAUGUAAAUACAUUGUCUGAAAGCAAUUUAAACAUAUAUAUUGGAGCUUUUUUAUCUUUAAAAUUCUUUAUGCUAUUAAUUUGUUAAAAAGUGUGAAGUUAUGAUUUUUCUUUUAUAUUUUAGAAAAUAGAUGUAUAUAACUACUGUUUUUCGUAGGUUUAUUUUUUUUGUCUUUUGUCAUACAUUUUAAUGCUUUUUUUCAACAAUGUAACUUAGAAAUACAAAUAUGUUUUACAAAUCUUAGUUUGGAGGACAUUAAAGUAGAAAAUGCUGAAA